AUGGGGUGUGAGCUGAAAACAAUGAAACGUGUGGUCAAACUUAAGACAGCAGAGAAAGGGUUGUUGGUGGCUUGUCUUGUUGAUGGUGCAGUGCAUGUGAUGUGGAUUCAUUCGGAUGUGGAUUCAUUUGGAUGUGGAUGCGACGUCAACGUGGGACGACAUUGGAUUAAUACAUACACGCCUUAUACAUACAUACAUACAUACAUACAUACUGUAUAUGGAAGGAAGUGUAGUCGUGUCACUUCCUGUCAGAUAGAGAGAGAGAGGGGGAGAGAGAGAGAGAAUGGAGGAGGAGGGUCAUAUAGGUAUUGGGUGAGGGAAGCAACAGCUGACGCAGCUCCUCUUCCUCUUCCUAAGAAGCUCUCCCUCAACCUUCUUUCUCAACCGAACUCCCUCGGUUCUGUCUGGAAUACGGCUGGAACAUGGGAGAAGAAAAAUCUUAAUAAUUGGGCCACCCAUCGGAUCAAGGAACUGCUCGUGUCGGUGGGCUCCUUGGAGUUCUCUGGUGGCAAAGCACAAAUAGCAAAAGUGUCGAAAUGUUCUGGUGAUGCAUUCUUGGUAAUUGUGAGGAACAAGAAACGUGUUGGAUAUACCUAUGAAUUGACACUGAAAAUUAAAGGGGAAUGGAUUGUCAAAGAGGAGAAAAGGAUGGUAAAGGGCCACUUGGAUUUUCCGGAGUUUUCAUUUGGUGAGCUGGAUGACCUGCAGAUGCAAGUACGGCUUAGCGACGAGAAGGAUCUCUCACGGCAAGAUAUGCUACAGAUCAGUCAGAAUUUGAAGCUGUUUUUACAGCCUGUCCGUGAAAAAUUGCUCCAAUUUGAGCAGGAGCUCAAAGAUAGGUAGAAAUGGGGGCCAGGAAAGGCAUGUUUCCUCGAAGUUAGACGGCAACCUUAAUAAUUUGCAACGAUCUUCUUUUUUUCCCCCAACAUAUGUAACGGAACAAAGGAUUGUUAAAGGAGACAACAGUUACUUGGGCAUACUCUAAACUUGAGAUGGACUUUAUUGGAUACUUCUAUUAUGUCAUAUGCAUCUUGCAGAUUUAUCUAGGACGGCUGUCUAUGUUGACCUUAUCCUCUACUUAGAGGAUGAAGUUUGUUUUACAUGGUAAUGACAUAGCAUGCAUUUUCUUGUC